AGUUAGACGCUGGCUCUGAGACCACCAGGGGGGGGACCAGAGAAGGUGGAGCCGGUCAGAGGUGCCAGACACCUGUUCAAAUACUCAGGUACCCGGUGAGGCGCGGGCUGGAAGACAGGGAGGCGUCACUGCAGCUUACUUCUCCUCCCCCCCUCCCCUCCUCCCCCCCACACCCCGCCCCAGGCGCGGGUGACUCCGCCUCUCUACACCAAGCAGUUCUCAGCCAAGAGCUAAGGUAGAGGACGCUUUUCCCCGGACCUUGCUCGGCUGCUGCCUCCAAACCCGCGGCCGACCAGGAGAGAGAAAGGGCCCGGAAUACCAAGCCGAGGAACCUCCUAAGGCUGCAUCUGGGAUGUCGGAUUGCUUCCAUGGGACGUGACUGGGGGUUCUCUCCUCUACCUGCCGCCUCACAAUCUUAGAGUCGGGUCCCGGAGUAGGGAGCUGCUCCCUGCCCCCAGCUCCGUGGCUCCCCCGGAGAGGAGUAUGAGGGACAGAGGUCAGCGGGUCCCGGCCACGGGGCGGCAGGGAGCUAGCUGGGUAGUCCUGAGCCGAAGAGAGAAGGAAAAGGAGAGUGGUGAGCUGAUCGGGCGUCGGGGGGCUGAGACGAGUGCACUGGCUCCGCAGCACUCAAAGCAAAUCACAGACCCAGUGCCCGAGCACAAGGGACAGUCGACUCCGCUCCGUGCCUAGAGGCUCCGGGGAGACGGCGGGAGCCGCCCUUCCGGCAGCAGCCGACUGGCCCUUCGGGGGAGGCGUUUAGGGGCUCUGCGGGAGGCUGGCAAGCCGGGUGAGGCUGGGCUCUCCCCAGCCCUACUAUCACCAUCCUCACUCUCCUUCUUCCUCGGGCGGGAUCCUUUCCGAGCCACCCGCUGGGGGGAUGCGGCGCCUCCCGCCGAGCAUGCUACCCCCGAGGGGCUGAGGUCCGGACCAUGUCAGCCCGGAGUCCCCGGCCCCAGUCCCGCCGCUGCCACCGCCUCCUGCUCUGCUGCUGCUGCUGCGGCCGUCGCUCUCACCUCAACGAGGACACCGGCCGCUUCGUCCUGCUGGCCGCGCUCAUCGGCCUCUACCUGGUGGCCGGCGCCACGGUCUUCUCCGCCCUGGAGAGUCCCUCCGAGGCGGCGGCGCGGGAGCGCUGGGGCGCGACGCUGCGCAACUUCAGCGCGGCGCACGACGUGGGCGAGGACGAGCUGCUCGCUUUCCUUCGAGACUAUGAAGCUGCCCUGGCUGCAGGUAUCCGAGCGGAUGCUCUUCGUCCGCGCUGGGACUUCACCGGAGCCUUCUACUUCGUGGGCACCGUGGUGUCGACUAUAGGGUUCGGCAUGACCACGCCCUCUACGGUGGCCGGGAAGGCCUUCCUCAUCGCCUACGGCCUGUUUGGCUGUGCGGGCACCAUCCUCUUCUUCAACCUCUUCCUGGAGCGCAUCAUCUCGCUGCUGGCCUUCAUCAUGCGGGCCUGCCACGAGCGGCAGCUGCGCCGCAGCGGGCUGCUGCCCCCCGCCUUCCGGCGCGGCUCGGCCCUGUCGGAGGCCGACAGCCUGGUGGGCUGGAAGCCCUCCGUCUACCACGUGAUGCUCAUCCUGGGCAUCUUCGCCAUCCUCCUGUCGUGCUGCGCCUCGGCCAUGUACACCAGCGUGGAGGGCUGGGACUACGUGGACUCGCUCUACUACUGCUUCGUGACUUUCAGCACCAUCGGCUUCGGGGACCUGGUCAGCAGCCAGCACGAGGCCUACCGCCACCAGGGCCUCUACAGGCUGGGCAACUUCCUCUUCAUCCUCAUGGGCGUCUGCUGCAUCUACUCCCUCUUCAACGUCAUUUCCAUCAUCAUCAAGCAGGUUCUGAACUGGAUGCUGAAGAAGCUCAGCUGCCAGUGCUGCGGCCGCUGCCGGAGGCCCAGCUCCCGCCUGGGGCGGCGCAACGCCAUCACCCCCGGCUCCCGCCUCCGGCACCACCUCAACGCCCUCGAGGCCGACGGGCACUACGACAGCGACGCCGAGGGCCGCCGGCUCUCGGGAGAGAUGAUCUCCAUGCGGGACUUGAUCGCCUCCAACAAGGUCUCGCUGGCUCUCCUGCAGAAGCAGCUCUCCGAGACGGCCAACGGCUACCCCCGCAGCGUCUGCGUCAACACCCGGCAGAACGGCUUCUCGGGCGGGGUGGGGGCUCUCGGGAUCAUGAACAACCGACUGGCGGAAACCAGCGACUCCAGACAGGACUACAUUUGAACCCAUCCCAGGAAGAAGAGAAGAGCUGAUCUUAUCUACAGGAAAAGAGAGCCCCAGAUAUACCUCAGCAAACCUAUUUCCAGCUGUCAGGAAAUACUCCCUGAAGUCAAACCCAGAUCCCCCAGAUCUCACAGGAACCUUAGCACAAUUUUUGCUUCUUGCCAUCUGCACCAGCUUCCCCAUGACCUGAGCUGAGCUGGUAAAAGGUAUGUCUCUCAUCUCAGGGCACUGCACCUCAGAACUUAGGAGGUUUCAGCUAAAAAUCAUGGGACUCCAAGUGCCAGCAACAGCUUCCAAAGAACCUCUGUCUCUAAGAACAUAGCGUGAUUAAAGUUGGCUUAUUAGUA